AGCUUCCAUUUGCACAGCAACAUUGCUGUUUAUCUAGUUAACUAACUACAAAUGGCAAUCUAGUAGAUUUCUCGAACGAUAACAUUUUAAUAACCUUCACAACAAUCUCUGUGAAGAAGUAGUUGUUAGUUUCUACUAUUUUUAAAAACAACUUUGACUCCAUUUCCUCCGAAAUUUGCAUAUUAUGACAAAAAAAAUAUAGUAGAAAACAGGCAUAUUUAUUAUAUUCUUUAUAUAUUAUAGAUUUACAUUACAUAAUUUUAGUAAACAUUAGUGGAAGGAAACUAGUAGUGUGUAGUGACGAAGUUGGGCGAAUUCUGCCUCUUUUUGACGCGACUUUACACUGUCAUUUAGCUUUGAAAAUAUUAACUUUCUGCCAAUUUGUUAUUUAUUUUUAAGAAAUAUGUCGUCCUAUAGUUAAAUCGGCAAUCGUUUCAAAGUGUUUUUUAGUCCAGCUUGCAUCAUGACGGUUCGACGGCCAACAGAGCUCAACUCCUCAGAUGGAGAGCAUUUGAAUGGUCAUCACAACAUGGCAUACCCUCCAGUGCAGUCUGAAGAGCAAACAGGAAUCAGGGACGUUUGGGCGCACAAUCUUCGCGAGGAAUUUAGGUCUAUUCGAACAUUGGUUAGACAGAAUUACAAUUAUGUGGCAAUGGAUACCGAAUUUCCAGGCGUUGUUGCUCGACCUCUCGGCGUGUUCAGGACGUCGCAGGAAUUUCAAUACCAAGUUCUUCGAGUAAAUUGUGAUGCGCUAAGAUUGAUUCAAGCCGGAAUUACGUUGCUAAAUGAGCAUGGUCAAUUGCCCAAAGGAGGAAUUACAACCUGGCAGUUUAACUUCAAGUUUAGCUUGUCGGAGGACAUGUAUGCUAGCGAUAGCAUUGAAUUACUGCAAAAUUGUGGAAUUCAGUUUCAAAAACACGAAACUGAUGGUAUUGAUCCAAUUGCGUUUUCCGAGUUGCUGAUCACAUCAGGUUUGGUGUUGAAUGAAAAUGUGCGAUGGAUAUCAUUCCACAGUGGGUAUGAUUUCGGAUACCUAUACCGCAUCCUCACCGAUCGUCGCCUCCCAGAAAACGAAGGGGAGUUUUUUGAAAUGUUGAAGCUGCAUUUUCCAUUCGUCUAUGACAUUAAAUAUUUAAUGAAGAGCUGUCGAACCCUCAAAGGCGGGCUUCAAGAGGUCGCAGACGAGUUACAAAUCGAACGAUUGGGCCAACAACAUCAAGCCGGAAGUGAUUCUUUGGUGACGGGGCUCACCUUUUUCAAAAUGAAAGAAAUGUUUUUCGAAGAUAACGUUGAUGACACAAAGUACAAUGGUCAUUUGUAUGGAUUAUCAGGAACGUAUGCAAACUGCAACGACAUCAUCGAUCAAGGUCCUGGAAACUUUUAACUGCAGCAAUCUAUCAUAUAGUUUAACUUAUGUUACUACAGUAUAAUAUUUUCAUCAAAAUUGUAUGCAUCUAUUAUUUAGAUGAUUUGUCUUCGAAUAAUGGUAAUUGGGCUCAAACGAUCUCUUAAAAAUAAACACAACUUUUCCAUGAUACUAUUA